AUGGUCCCAAAUUCGCCUCAAGCCUCACACACCACCACAAUCCUCUUCUUCGCGCUCAUCCUAAUUGCAUUCUUCCCAGGGAUCUUCCACUAUAUCUGGACCUUCCCACUCAGCCUGAUCUUCUCUUCAUCUUCUACGCCAACAUAUAACAGCGGCGACCCGGCAGCAGACAUCAAGAUGGGCUCGUGGUACCAGAAACAGUUCACCCUCCCCAGCAAGUCGCGCGGCUCGUACCUUGUCACGGACCACGUCGUCAGCUCGCUGCCCGAGCUGAAGCAGUACAAGGUCGGCCUGCUGAACCUGUUCAUCCAGCACACGAGUGCGCUCAGCCUGAACGAGAACUGGGACGACGAUGUCCGCGCCGACAUGAGUGAUGCUCUGGACCGGAUAGCACCUGAGGCUGGCCCAAAGGGAGAGGAGCUAUACCGCCAUUCCGCUGAGGGCGCGGAUGAUAUGCCAGCUCACAUCAAGUCGGCACUAGUCGGCGCGUCAGUUACGAUACCGAUCCGAGAUGGGAAACUGGCCACGGGUACCUGGCAAGGGUAUCUCGAAUUUCGAGCAAUGAAGCACCAGAGACGUGUUGUCGCAACGAUUCAAGGAGAGAAGGCAUAG